AUGUCAGAAAAUUUGGAAGAAAAAGAAGUUGAUAGAGCCGAAACAAGCGAACAUCCACAGUGGAAGAAGCCAGGAAAAUCGUUGAUUUGGAAAUAUUUUGAGAGAAUCGACAACAAUUCAAGGGUAAGGUUUUUAAACCUUUUAAAAAUAUUUGAGAAAUGAAACAAUAUGCAGUUUGAUUGAGGUCACGUUGAAUUUCUCACGUGUUCUGUUUUUAAUAGGAAAUCCGCUGAGAUUCAAAAUCUUCAGAAAAUUCCCAUCUUUCUGAUUUUUUCAGCUCCGUUGUAAAUUAUGUAGCAAAAUUUAUAUGCCAUCGAAAACCAAAAGCACAUCGACCCAAUUGAAUCAUCUUCGACAUCAACAUAAAAUGUACGUUAUUAGUUUCACUGAUUUUUUUCCAUUCAACAUAUGAAACUUCCAGAUUCAAUUUAUUGGAGGAAACAGUUGAAAAUCGAAGUUCAACAUCAACUGAGAUACCAACGCCAACACAAAAUUAUGAAGAUCCCGUGCAAUUUUUGCCCAAUGAAGAGAAAUUUUCGGAACAAUUCGGUUUGAAUGAUUUCAAUCUUUGGAAUCGAGAAGUUUCAUCGAGUCCUUCAUUGGAUAUUCCACCAAAAGAAGAUAAUCGUAUUCGAGUUUUGAGUAUGUUUGUUUAUAAAUGAAUAUGAUUUUCUUGAACUAUUGCUUUCAGCUGAUUUGGUUCGUCAACAAUCACUUUUACUUCUACAAAAUGGUCAUGAGGCGAAAUUCCAGAAGUUUUGGAGUCAAGUAAUAUCUGCUGUCGCCGAAUCAAACACCUGA